CAAGUGGAUUUAUGGCAUCAUGACUGAGGUUCUUCUCUAUGCUUGCACUCAGCUGCGAUGACAACUUACUUCCGAGCAAAUCUGAAGCCUACAGGCUACAGAACAAAAUACCUAAAUCCAAAAUCUUCUUCUUUGAGAAGCAUGGGCACAGCUUACUGUUGGAGCAUGGUGUCCAUGUCUCAUCCAUCAUCAAAUGUGUUGGUCUCUACCGCCAUUCGAGGCGCUAUCAUCGGGUUUUCGACUACAUCCCACCGUCCGCAACCGAGCUAAAUGAAGUCGACAAAGCUAGCAGCGACCUGACGUUCAGAACGUGCCCGGCGAUGUUCUCGACGUUGGAAGACGGCACGGUGGUACGGGGACUCGCCGGGGUGCCCGAGGACGGGCCAGUGCUGCUGGUAGGCAACCACAUGUUGCUGGGGAUCGAGCUCAUCUCUCUUGCCGCGGAGUUCAUGCGGCACAAGAAGGCUGUCGUCCGUGGCAUUGCACACCCGCUGCUGUUCCCAAAGAAGACGAAGACGUGGUCGGAGGGACACGACUUCUUCGACUUCCUCAACCUGUGGGGCGGCGUGCCCAUGACCUACAAGUACAUAUACGAGUUGCUGGCAGCUGGGGAGUUGGUGCUCCUCUACCCAGGUGGUUACAGGGAGGCAAUCCACUGCAAGGGUGAAGAGCACAGGAUUUUCUGGCCAGACCAGACUGAAUUUGUUAGGAUGGCAGCUCAGUUGAAUGCCACAAUCGUGCCGUUUGGAGUCGUCGGAGAGGAUGACCUCUUGAACGUAGGCCAUCACCUGUUAUUUCCGGAUUAA